UUACUUUCGUAAUUUGCGGCUGUCCACUCCAGGCGCGCUCUUCAUUGCGGUAUUAUUCACAGUUGGCAGGAUCCAACAAUUCGAAGGUCAACAUGUCUACCAUGGAUUAUGACGAACAUGAGUCCAAAUUUAUGCGCAAAGCAAGAGAAAACCCAUUCGUCCCUGCAGGAAUGGCUGGAUUUGUAGGUAUUGUGGCCUUUGGACUACUCAAAUUGAGAAGUCGUGGGAACACCAAGAUGUCUGUCCAUCUUAUUCACAUGCGUGUAGCAGCACAGGGUUGUGUGGUCGGAGCAAUGACAAUAGGUGUCAUCUACUCGAUGUACAGAGACUACGUGCUGAAGCCCAUGGAGGAACAGAAAGCCCUGAACCACAAGUGAAUGUUGUCAUGUAUAGCUAUGAACUGCACCUGAUACGUUUGUCCUUGACACUUUCUAAUUUAUAGAAUCAAGUAGUGUUUUUUAGUAAUGGGGGUCUUUUCCCAUUUUAUACAUUUUGCGCCUCAGUUUUCUGAGGUCAUCACUUUAUUUUAUUGUUGGGCCUGAUCAAGUGAAGAUUUUAAGGGAAGGUGGUUUGUAGACAGCAGCAAAUUAUGCUGUGUACUGCAAGUGGUCUGCAUCAAGACAUUUGUGAAGUGGGUAACUCCAUUCAAAAAAGGGACAUAUGGUCGUAUGGAGUUACAGGAAAAGAAUGCAAAGCUGUGGACAUCACAGUUGUAAAAACAAGGGGUACCGACGGGGCACAAUAUCCCUUGAUCAAGGCCUUGUAUCAUCACAAGGGACAAAACGGCAUGAGUUUGGGAGUACGAACAUAUUCAUGUAACCUAAGUUGAUACCCUUUUCGGUAAUACCCUACCGGUACCGGUAGUACCGCUAGUACCCUACCCCCCAGUUAUGGAAGGGCAUUUCACACUUUGGUGGACAUACACCUCCACCCUGCACAGGCUCGCCUCUUGAAUAACUCCACCAGCACCAAAGGAAUGCCAUCAGCCAGCCUUUUUUGUUGUUGUUAAUUGUUUGUAAGUGCCAUGUGCCUUAUUGAAAAUUGUAUUUAUUUUGUGGAGUUGAAUUGUAUCUUACUCAGUGUUUUUGAAGCAACCUGCAUAGAAAAGAAGAUACUGUGAUUUGUUUUAAGCCCAGCCCUUUUAUAGGAAGUUUAACUAUUCCCAGUCAAAUAGGGAUUACUCUCAUUUGACAGUGAUGUGCUACCUACGUUUGUAUUAAACAAACAAUGCUUUAGUUUUUAUCGAGCCGUUUGUGUUGUUCGGUUUCAAGAUGUACACGGUAGAUCACCAGUAUUUUAUUGUGGAUAGGGUGACUGGCAUGACAGCCAUCAUUUCUUCACUUUUUUUUUUUUUUUACCUCUGGUUCAAAUGACUCAAAACCAUAACUGAUGUUACUAGCAUCAGUAUAAGGGGAGAAUGAAUGAUUGUUUUCCUUUUCCCAUGAUGAUCUACUGUGUAAAACUGUAGAGAUGAAAAUAAACAAUUUUCAGAUAUGUGAAUUUCA